AUGCAUUUGAGCGGCUUCGCCUUCGCGUUGUUGUUGGUGUCAGAAGUAGCCUUUGCCGCACCGAGACCUCGAGGCAUGCGAGGCGAGGCUCUCGCCAUUACGCUCAUCCCCCGGGAGUUUAGCGACUUUGCGAAACGAAACAAGCCCUCCGCCCAGCAAAUCGCCGCCAACGGACACGCAUGCGGGAAUGCAAUUCAGCAAGGCGUUUGUGAUAACGGGAGGUGUGGCAAUUUCGUCGCUCCGACGGGUUUUGAGGUAGUACCAGGCGCCGAUUCACAAUGCGGAGGAGUAGUAUGA